AUGACUGCUUUAAUCGGGAAGUUUGCGAUCACCAGUUGCUGGAAUGUGAUGGCAAUAUUUGGACCCGAACUCUACCCCACAGUCUUGAGACAGAGAGGUGUCGGCGCGUCCACUGUUUUUGCCAGAAUAGGGUCUAUCGCCGCACCCUUUAUGAAGAAUUUGGCCGCUCGAAAUGGAUUAGCAUUUGUAAUGACACUCUACGGCACUCUUACUGUUGGGUCCGUUGUUUUGGUUCAAUUUCUACCCGAAACUAAAGGCCGGGAAAUUCCAGACACUAUAGAAGAAGCAGAAAGAGCUACUCAUUUGGAGAAACCCAAAGACAAUAAUAAUAUUAAAUUAAAUAAAUUCUAA